CGCAAAGGCGCGCACACGCACCAGAGUAUCCGCGCGCCUUUAACAAGCUGCUGCGUGAACCGGUGUCGCGUCCGCAUGGGAACCGAUUCCUGCUGUGCACUGAUUCAGACUCCAGCGUGAUUUACAGGCCGCGGGUUGGAUUCACUUUGCCGGAUACAGGAUGAUGAAAUUUCGGUUCAGGCGACAGGGCAAUGACCCUCAGAGGGAGAAAGUCAAACAGGAGCUUUUUGCGUUUAAUAAGACUGUUGAACAUGGAUUCCCCAAUCAGCCAAGUGCUCUGGCCUAUGACCCCAAACUGCAGUUAAUGGCCAUUGGGACUAAAUCAGGAGCCAUCAAAGUGUACGGGGCUCCUGGAGUGGAGUUCACUGGACUGCAUAAGGAGCCUGCUACUGUCACACAGAUACACGUACUCCAUGGACAGGGAAGGAUUUUGACCCUGCUGGAUGAUAACUCUUUGCACCUCUGGGAGAUUGUGCAGAAGACCUCCUGCUGCCAACUGAAGGAGGUGUACUGCUUCAGCCUCCCUGGCAGGCCUGGCAUCGACAGCACCAGUGCGACGCGUGUGACUGUUCUGCUGCCGAAACUCAGCUGCGAUCUCUUGGCUGUGGGCACUGAGGGUGGUGGAAUCCACUUCCUGGAGCUGCCCACUUUCACACUGCUGAACAAAUCACUUUUCCAAGAUGAAAUCAUGCAGAGCCUUCCUGAUAGUUACAAAUGUGGGAAGUCUCUGGGUCCAGUGGAGUCCCUACAGGAGCAUCCGCAGUACCCGGACAAAAUCCUCAUCGGCUACAGUAGGGGCCUCGUUGUGCUCUGGGACUUUCAAAGCCGACAUGUAGACAACCUCUUCCUUGGAAAACAGCAGCUGGAGAGCUUGGUCUGGGUCCGGACUGGGAACAGCUUUGUCAGUUCCCACAGUGAUGGUGGCUACAUGGUGUGGCCUGUUAGUAGCAGUAGUCUCUGCACCAGCGAGCCCAUCUCUUCCACUAUACCCUAUGGCCCAUUUCCCUGCAAAGCUGUGAACAAGAUCUUAUGGAGGACCACCCAGUCGGGAGCUCCAUUGGUGCUGUUUAGUGGUGGCAUGCCUCGAGCCAGCUACGGGGACAGACACUGUUUAACGAUACUGCAGGACAGCAAACACGUUACCCUGGACUUCACCUCACGAGUCAUUGACUUUUUCACCAUCCACUGCACAGAUAGAGACGCAGAGUUUGAUGAGCCCUCAACCCUUGUUGUGCUCCUGGAGGAAGAGCUGGUAGUGAUUGACCUUCAGACCCCUGGCUGGCCCACCAUUCCUGCACCGUACCUGGCACCGCUGCACUCCUCUGCCAUCACAUGCUCCUACCACAUUUCCAAUGUGCCAACCAAGCUGUGGGAGAGAGUGGUGAGAGCUGGGCAGCAGCAAUGCUCUCUACAGACAUGCACGAACUGGCCAAUAUGCGGGGGAAAGAACUUGGCACCUGAUUCCAAACAGAAAGAGCUGCUGCUAACUGGGCAUGAGGAUGGCACGGUGCGCUUCUGGGAUGCAUCAGGAGUGGCACUCAGACCUCUGUACAAGCUGAGCACAGCCAACAUCUUCCAAACUGACUGUGACCACAACGACAGCCUGACUCAAGUCGGUGAAGAGGAGUGGCCUCCUUUCCAAAAGGUUGGUUGCUUUGACCCUUACAGUGAUGACCCAAGGUUAGGAAUCCAGAAGAUCUGCCUGUGCAAAUACAGCGGCAAGCUGGUGGUGGCUGGAACUGCAGGACAGGUGAUUGUGAUGUACUUGUGUGACGAGAAAUCCGAUCACAUGAUCGACGUGGUCACCAUGGACCUCCUCCAGGACCGGGAAGGUUUCACAUGGAAGGGUCAUGACCGGCUGCCAGAGAAGUCUGGCUCUGUGGUGUUUGCUGCUGGAUUCCAGCCUACAGUCCUCGUGCAGUGCAUGCCCCCUGCUGCGGUUACCGCGGUGACGCUGCAUGCCGAGUGGAACCUCGUUGCUUUUGGCACCAGCCAUGGCUUUGGUCUCUUCGACUACCAUCGCCGAAGCCCGGUGCUGGCAAGGUGUACAUUACAUCCCAAUGACUCUCUGGCUAUGGAGGGACCACUCUCACGAGUGAAGUCGCUGAAGAAGUCACUCCGCCAGUCAUUCAGGAGGAUUCGCAAGAGUAGGGUGUCUGGAAAGAAGCGUGUGUUGGUCAGCAGCCCAUCCAGUAAAGUCCAGGAGGCUAACGCUCAGCUAGCAGAGCAGGAUGCCGAGGUGACGCCGGUACAGAGACGGAUUGAGCCCCGUUCAGCUGAUGAUUCGUUAUCUGGAGUGGUCCGCUGCCUCUGCUUCGCUGACACGUUUCUCCGAGACGGAACACACCACGGCCCUACCAUGUGGGCUGGGACGAAUUCAGGCAGCGUGUAUGCUUACGCUCUGGACGUGCCCUCACAGGAGAAGUUCUCUGAGCGGAGUGUGGAGGCUUUGCUAGGGAAAGAGAUCCAACUCAUGCACAGAGCUCCGGUGGUGUCCAUUGUUGUGCUGGAUGGCAGGGGGAACCCUCUGCCCGAACCCUAUGAGGAGUCGAGAGACCUGGCCAAAGCUCCUGAUAUGCAGGGCAGCCACUCGGUCCUGAUCACUUCUGAGGAGCAGUUUAAGGUGUUCACACUGCCUAAAGUCAGCGCAAAGACCAAAUUCAAGCUGACCGCGCACGAAGGCUGCCGUGUACGGAAGGUGGCUUUGGUCAACUUCUGCAGUGCUGCUUCUGAGGACUACUCUGAGAAUGGCCUGGUGUGCCUGACCAACCUGGGAGACCUUCAUGUGUUCAGCGUGCCUGCUUUGAGGCCGCAAGUGCGAUACGACUGCAUCCGCAAGGAAGACAUAAGCGGCAUUGCAUCGUGCGUGUUCACCAAGACUGGGCAAGGUUUUUAUCUGAUCUCACCGUCUGAGUAUAAACGGUUCUCUCUGUCUGCACGAGUAAUCACUGAACCUCAGUGCGGGGUGGACGUCGAUCGACCUUACGAGCUUUUGGAGCAUGAUUUGUGUAUGGUAGCCCUGCCCCAUGCCAACGGCACAUACAAGACCCAAUCACCAGGAGAGAGCAAAUCUGCAGAGCAUUCUGAAGGCAUAUUUGAUGAAAUGCAGAGUGCUUUAUCGUCUCCUGGCCUGGAUUCCCCAAACAGCAGUGCUGAUAUCACGCUCGACACAACAGGAGAGCUGACUGUGGAGGAUGUGAAAGAUUUCCUAGUGAGUGUGGAUGAGGCUGAGAAUAACCUGAGGAAUAUGAGCGAGGAGGAUGGACGGCUUCCUGGGAUUCUCAUUAAUUGAUGAGUGACGGCUAGAGGGCUGAUGCAGAAGUGGUGGAAAUUCCUUCGUUAUGUGCGGUUGGACCUUAAGGUGAAGAAGAACUCACGGCAUUCUUCCCUUUUUCCCUCGUCCUCAUUUACUCCAGUUUCUUAUUCUCAGAUAACAAACCUCCUCUUCCGUCUUUCCUCUUGCGCACAUUUCUCUUCUCUUGUUUCACGACGCCACUUUGCUCGUCCUUUCACUGCGUUUGGCAGUAGGAGGCAUGGAGAGAGAGAGAGAGAGCACAUAACGGUUGUCGCUUCUCAGCAGCCACGUCAACACCAUCUUUAAUACUGUGAUGGUUUCUUACAGUAAAUCAGGAGGCCAUUGAAAAUUUCAGCUUAUGGACCCUGUGGGUUUGAUAGAAUGUCAUGGUUUUCCUUUUUAAUGUUUCAUGUAACCACUUGCCAUUGUAAGUAAUAUUGACAAUUAACUGUGAACUCUAGUAUUUGAAGGCGCAUGGUGUUUAAUCUUAGUGUUCAUCAUUUAAUUAGUAAGUAUUGAGCUUUGAGUUUUAUUACUUGUACACUUGUAACCAUAUUAACAAACAUGAAGGAACUAAUAAGUAUGGUUAACAUUUGAUAGAAGAAUUUUAUAUUGCCUAUUUUUUGUAUUUUUUUUUUUUUUUUUUUUUUUUUUUUUUUUUACAUGUAGGAAAUUAAGGUUUUCUAACAUUUGGGGUGAUCAAAUGGGCUGCAGGUGUGGGAACGAUAAGAGAAGCUUACGACUGAUUGAAGCGAUCUCGAGAAGCCAAAUGAGAAACAAAUAGUUUUGGGUAAAUCAAGGUUUUCAGAGGCUUUUAAAGAGGUUCAGAAUGUGUUCGUCUAUGCUAUCGUUUAAAAAAAGAAGCAUCACAUUUUAGUAAUGAAUAGAUGCUGUUGGAUCGACCCUGGAUUGGAUUAAUUCCUGUUUUUAAACGAUCAAAGGGACCUCACUAACGUAGCUGAUCUUUAAUUUCUCUCUGUAUAUUUACUUUUCUAUAAUGUUAUACCUGACCCCUAGCCUGUGAAUUUGUAUUUAAUUUUUCUCGUGUAGAAAUGUAAUUGUAGCUAUACCCAUGCUAAUGAACAAUGUUAAUAAAGUAUUUACUCAUUUUA